GGUAUAUAUUACGGCGGAAACUCGUCGUCAGCGACGAAACUGUAGAAUAACUUUACUCUAAAGAGUGGUGAAUAAAAUAUUAUAUCGAAGGCGAAUCAAUUUAUUGUUUCUUUGACAAUUUUUUAGUGUUAUUUUUUUCAGCUUCUUGCUGUUUCGGAAAAAUAUUACCUUAUCGAAGGUCAUAUUAAUUUUGUAACCUUGCAAUCGAAUAUGGCUUAUUGAAAAAAUGAAGGACAUGCACCAAGUAAUUAUUUCUCCCUUCGGAGAAGAGCUUAUCUCUACUUACAAUUUUAUUAUUUAUUCUGCUGACUCAAAAGCCCAAAUUGAUUAUGGACAAAAAGUUCAAAUAUAUUCCGUCCUCUACUACCAAGAGCACAACUGCUGAUUCUAAAAAAAGUCAAGAUGUCAUUUAUACUAAGACUUUCCCGAAGAUUUCUAAAAAGCGAGAACUACCUGGAGCAAGUGGCUACUCCAAAAAUGAACAGACUAGAAAACAGGGUAUACAAAAAACAAAAAACUUUGAUAAGAGACCAAAACCUAAAGGACAAUAUUAUGGCGGUUCAAAGGAGAAUUCCGAGGUAGAUAAUGAAGAGCUAGCUGAGAUCAGCUCAGCGAUGGUUCCAGGAAGCAAUAAACAGAACUUGAAUCACUUACUUAAUUUUCACUAUGAAUCUCGUGAGAUCCGAGGAAGUAAUUCGGGAAGUCGAAGUUAUGGAAGAUUAUCAACAAAUUAUAAUGGCAUCAAUCGCGGGUUACCAUCUACUCAACGGCAUCGUUAUAAUAAAGAACAAUUUCUUCAAGCAAACUGUCAGUUUGUCGUGAAUAAGGAUGGAGAUUACACAGUAUAUUUGGUUGAUCCUGACAUCUUCGUUGACUGGAAGUUAAUCGAACAAAUCAGAAUCCACACCACUGAAAGUCUUUCUUGUCCUAUUUGUCUUGGCUCACCAGUAGCAGGAAAAAUGACUCGGUGUGGUCACGUUUACUGUUGGCCCUGUAUUCUUCACUAUCUUUCAUUAUCUGAUAAAUCGUGGCGAAAAUGUCCAAUUUGUUAUGAAUCGGUUUAUAAAAAUGAUCUGAAAAGUGUCAUUGAAGUGACUCAAAUUAAUAUGAAUAUCGGUGAUAUUAUUUCAUUAAGAUUAAUGCGUCGUAAAAGAGGUUCUUUACUUGCAAUACCAGUAGAAGAACAUGAAACAUCAGAUCCGCCCAGUUUUUUUUCAGUUUCCGACAACCCACAAAAUCAAAUAUACUCCAAAUUGCUCCUUGCAGAUGUUGAUGACAUCUUAAAAAUAAUCGAAGGAGAAAAAACACAACUUCAAAAAGAAUUAGUAGAAAAUUUGGAUUCUCCUGAAAGUUGUUUUAUUCAACAAGCUCUUCAAGAUCUUUCCGUACGUGAAGAACAUCUAUUAAAACAGGUUCAUCUUGGAGAAUCAGAUGUAAAGGUAGAUGAAAUUCAUGUGGAAAAUAAUAUUGAUAUUCACCAGCCAGAGAAAAUUAGUAUUAAUGAUUAUAUUAAAGAAAACGAAACAGAUGGUCAUUUACUACUAAGUAAUCAAAACUCUCCUAAAUUUUUUUACUUUUAUCAAGCUGAAGAUGGUCAAAAUAUAUAUCUUCAUGCUAUGAAUGUCAAAAUGUUGGAAGUACAGUAUGGCAGUUUGGAGAAAUGUCCUCGAAUAAUAAGCGGUAAACUUUUAGAAAAAGAAACAAGAAGUUACACAGAAGAUUUACGUAAAAGACUACGUUACCUCUAUCAUUUACCAUUGACUUGUAUGUUUGAAAUGGCUGAAAUUAAAUUAACACCACCACUGAUAUCUGAUAUUAUAUUAGAUCUAUUUGAAGAUCAAAUAAAAGCCAGAGAAUGUCAACGUAAACGUCGAGAUCGUGAAGAAAAAAAACGAGAAAAAAAAAUUAAUGCUGAGGAAAGUAAACGCCUAGGAAAAUAUCCUAUUUCCGAUGUUUAUAUUGAAUCUCGUAAACAUUUUCCGACCUGGCAACCUGAAUUUCAAUCUCCUAACAAUGGUAUUUUAUUACCAUCAGAGUCUGUAGGAGAGACAAGCAUUGCUAGUAGUCUAACACAAAAUACAGUGGAUGAUAAUGAACCGAAUCUUUCUUUCGCUCAAAUGCUACGAAAUGAGAACUCAAAAAUAUCUUCUUUAAAUCCCUGGCCAUCAAUUAGCCCUCUAGUAUCAUGGAAAAAAUUAUCGAAGUCAAGAGAAGAUCAUAAUUUCAACAUACGCAAUGAUGAUGAAUUCACAGCUCCAAGUUAUAGUCAAAAUUUCGGUGAUGUUAUAGCUCAAGCUUUAGAGCAAACAGAAUUAACGGAUCAAUUUGGAAACGAUAAGUUAAAACAGAAAAAAAUAAAAAAGAAAAAAAAGAAAAAAUGUCACUCUUCUUAGUUGUUAUAACGCCAUAAAUUUCGUAAAUUUGCUUUACUUUUUUGUUAAUCUUUUCUGAUAAAAAUAUCUAUAUCAAACUCACCUUCAUGAAAUUUAUAGUAAUUUAAUAUAAUUUCGAAAAAUCUAUUUAUA